AUGAAGCACCGAGUGCCACCUUGGAGGUCCAAGGUGCUCACGAUAUCGCUCGUGCUUUGUUUUUCAUGGACCCAUCUCGUUCAAGUGCUUGCGGAUGUCAAGGUGGGUCUGGAGCUCGCUGAACAACUUCCACCCCUAGCACAUAAAGACUACUCGUACAACUGGCAAUUUUCUCCGGAAACAUUCACAGUGGAUUCAGAUGCCCCACUAUCGUAUUCCAUCGAAGGUCUUCCAGCUUGGGCCCACUUCCAUGCGUCUGAGCUGCGCAUAACAGGCCAGGCUUCAAAAAAGGGGAAACAGGAUGAAAUAAACAAUGUGAAAGUUAUAGCCGAGGAUGGCAACUCGCAAGCGACAUCGUCGUUCCAACUUGUGACGAUUUCGGCUCCCCCACCCAAACUGAAUAUUUCCGUCCAGGACCAGCUUCCCAAGGCUGCGUCGAUGGGCGAAGGAAAUAUGUUGGCCGACAAAGUUCUUCACAUGCCUCUGGGAUGGUCAUUCAGUAUUGGCUUUUUGGGUGGUACAUUCGUGCUGCCAGAGAACGACCGCGUUUAUUAUUCGUCGCGUCUUGUGGGAGGCAGGCCUCUUCCCAGCUGGCUUAAUUUCAAUCCGGACGACAUCACGUACUCCGGUAUUGCGCCUACGAGCGCAGGAAAAAGAGGCACUUCUUACGACAUCGAGCUGAUAGGGUCGAAUCGACCAAAUACAGGCGGACCGUCGAGUGCCUUUACCCUCCUGCUUGGCGAAGGAUUCGUGACGCUGAAUAACUCCGCGGCGGCAUUACCAGUAGGUAAUGUGACGGAGGGCGAUACUCUGGAAUACCACAUCUCUCAAGAUCUUUUCUUACUGGAUGGUUUCUCCCAAAGCCCGAAUGAAUUCACAUUUAAGCUGGAUUCAGACGCACCGGAUUGGAUUCAUUACGACGCCGCCUCCCAAAAUCUUACCGGCAAAGUCCCUUUCGAUGGAAAUAAUACCCAACUACAUCAUGACACCUUCAAGUUGCAUGUGUCACAUCCUAAUGCUUUCGACACUGUCAUGAAUGUAACACUUGAUAUUUUUCCCUCCCCGUUCAAGCGACCCAUGCUGCCCAACGUUACUGUGCAGACAGGCAGGGACUUUCGUGUCUCCUUGGAAGAUUACUUGCGGGAUGCAAAUGUCAACAUGAAUGUAUCGUUUGACUCCAUGAUGCGCCGUCGCUCUAUGCGCUAUCGAGAUUCUCGGCCAACGCAUCGCUGGGUUCGACGUAACGCUCCAAGCUGGGUGCAUUACGACGAUGAAACACAUUCACUAGUCGGCCAGGCACCUGACUCGGAGCAAAGAGUCACAGUGCAUAUGAGUGCAGACAACCCUGUGCCAAAUUCACCCAUCCCCCCUGCAAGCCAAUCAUUUCAGCUUCUUGUGCACAAUUCAACGAGGGUGAACCACACUGAGCCGAUUCAUCCCCAUUCAGGUCUUACUUCAGGAGAGAAAGGCGCGAUCGCUGGCUCCAUUUUGGGCGCCGCUUUGCUAGCGCUUGUCGCAUUUGCCUCUUGGUGGGCUUGGAAACGCGGGAAGAAUGGUUCAGACGCUAUGGACCCAUCGGUGGAUGCCACAUCAGAGUCAUUGAAGGAAGGCAUCACUUCAGGGCCGUCUUCUAUAAGAAAUGCGAACUACACGGACCUCGGCCCUGGAACCAGCUCGGAUUUGGCAGAUACAUCUGAGAUCCGUGAUUCCCUCCAUCCGAGCAGCCCAGCAAGUACUGCAGGUGCGGCUGCCGCGGGCGGCACCGCCACUGCUACUGCCACCGCCGCUGCUGCUUCAGGGAAGAACAAGGCAACAGACAAGUCGACUGGGGACUUGUCUUUGGGAACUCAAAGCGCAACGCGAGUGUCUCCCACAGAUGAGCCGUACGUGACACCGCCUGGUUCAGCUGGGAACUCGACACGAUCCGAUCGAAACUACGAGCAGCAGCAUCCGCGGCAGCAUGAAUUUUUCCCUGGCGUUACACAAGAUCUUCCAUACAAUGAGCCCGAGUGGCAACGCGAUGAUGAUCAAAUCAUUAUUACGCCUUUUCUUGCCCAAUCGUCCUGGCAGCCACCAUUAUUUACACAAAUGUGGGGCAGCAAACCAUACGAGACUGGGUUUAAAGCCUAUACAAAAGGUCCUGAUCGUGCAGAAUCCAGGACUAAGACGAUGGCCUCGUCACCAGAAGUGCCCGAGUCUUCCCACACUGGAAAGUCCCCAAAGAACUUCAAUAAUGGAGAUCAUGUCUCGGAUGAUACCAGCUUGCCAGCAGGAGUUAGCGACAGGCACCGGCGUUCGGCAAGAGUCCCUGCACAAAUCACGUAUCGCCCAUCAUCACCAGAACCAGAUACGACCGGAAGCGAAAAGAACGAUUUGACCACGAAGAACCAUAUGGGUUUCAUGGCGGAAAAUACCAAUUCUCUAUCAGACCAGCCAAACGAGAUCAAGUCGUCAGAGUCAAAUUUACCACAGCGAGCAUCAUUUCUAGCUGACUUUGAGCCGCGGGGACAGAAAGAUGGAUCAAAGCCUUCACAUCCGGAGGAGGAGCCCAGUUUGUCUCAGAAGAACACUCCCAGACACAUACCCGCGUCCAUCAGUAAACAAUCUCAGGAGAGCUGGGAAGAAAACCUUUGGUACGAAAUGCCACCAGCACCAAAGCGUAUGUCUCAAAUGCAGCAACGUCGAAUCAGUUCGCCUGUCACCCUUCCAUCUGCAACAGCGCUUGACACCCAACCCUCUCGAUCUAAGCCUGUGGUUGACAAACCGCCCAGACUCGAAACUCCCCUUCGCAACCGUCUGUCUCCUAUCCAAAUGGAUCUUGCGGCAGCGUCAACUAGGAGUCAGGCUGCGACAACGAUUAAACCUGUCGAAACAUCAAGUCGGCAUACAUCUUCCAAUCUAUCGCCGCCAAUUGAUCAAUCCUCGUUUGAAGGCGUGCCACAACUGGCGCCAAUUGCCUCGUCCGUCGUACGCUCACCCAUCAUGCCCGAUCUAGACGACCCGCCCCAGGUUGUGCUGCCCUUAGAAAAUAACAAAAGGUCGCCGCUAGAUGCAUUUGUUGCGCCAGCUACACAGCCUAUGGAUAUCGAGAAGACCCGCCACGUCGCGUCGUACACGCCAAAGCUUGAGAGUGGACCGUUGGACCGACGGAGCCAGUCACUGAAUGCGGAGCAACUUGACUCUGCUGGCGUAUUUGAUGACGCGGAUGAGUAUGUGCUUGACCCGUUUGCUGAUGAACAAUACCCCGAUGGCACAGUCUUGUAUCAAGAGCAGCAAGCUGCAUCAAAUGAUGAUCACACUACUGAUGUAACGUCCUCAGGGCAUUUAAAUGAUUAUCUCACAACAGAGGGCGGCAUGUACUCCAUCAUUGAGCAUGAUGACGGCAGUGAUCAGAGUCAGCCUGAUGCUAGGAACAAUGCUACUGCAGCACCGACCCAACCACCGCGUUCCGGCACCAUGGCGUCAAUUCAAAUGGCUCAGACUCGUUCCGUCACAUUUACUCCAGCAAAGCCACCACGCUUACAACUUGCUAGCUGCCGUCCGGGACAAUUUAUUGCGCUUCCUCUUAUGACAUCAGAUGCAUCCGUCCCACAAAAUUUGGCUGAAGCUAUUCAAAAGGCCAGUUCGCCAGCAAGAUAUAUCCCUCAGUUGUUUGCUCCAUCGCGGCCUGACUUGCAUGGGACAUGGCCUGAAUGGCUGGCGUGGCUGGCAUGGAAUGAUGAUGCGCAAGAGUUGGCAGGGACAGUUCCCGAACAAUGGCCAGAAAAACAGCGACUGCCUAUUCAGCUUCCUAUUCAUAUCCAAUUGAGCAAUGGCCGACAGAUACUGCAAGAAAGUGGUGUCCCGCGACAUGAAUUGCCGGAGUCUAGUGUACCCUUACUGGCUGCGCGUAUAUUGUUGACUAUCUUACCUGCUGCCUCGCCAAGCAGCACAUGA